ACAUGCUUUGUGAAAGAGCCAUUGAAGUUUGAAAUCUGAAAUCGUAUUAUUUUAUUGUUUUUUUUAAAAGGUGUGGAUUUUUCUGCAUCUAUCCUUGAUUCAGAAUAUGCCAUCUUCAUAGUCAUGGCAUGCUUGGUUCAAUAGCUGUUGAAGAGAGAAACCCGAAUAUCCAAUAUAAAACGAAUUUUACCUCGGUCACUUUAUAGAGAGGACACCACGGUAGGCUAGGUUAGUCUACGGAACGACGAACAGUUGAUAGCAAGAAAGAAAGAAUGAAAUGAAGAAAGGCGGAUUAUAGUCGUUGUUUUGAAACCCAGAGGCCGAAGAAUUGUGGAUUACCGGUAAACGCGCGAGGUCGUCUGGUCGAACCGGAGCGAUGUCUGUCGCGGGGCUGAAAAAGCAGUUCCACAAAGCCACACAGAAAGUCAGUGAGAAGGUUGGAGGAGCUGAAGGAACCAAACUUGAUGAUGACUUCCUUCAGAUGGAAAAGAAGGUGGACACCACCGGUAGAGCAGUGCUGGACAUCAUGACCAAAACUACAGAAUACCUACAGCCCAACCCAGUGUUGUUUCAGCACCACCUGAAGAAGAUGCAGGGACGCCGCCUGGACUUUGACUAUAAGAAGAAACGGCACGGUAAAGGGGUUCUGGAAGAGGAGAUCACACAGGCGCUGGAGAAGUUUGAUGAGUCCAAAGAGGUGGCAGAGCAGAGCAUGUUCAACCUGCUGGAGAGUGAUAUUGAGCAGGUGAGUCAGCUAGCAGCGUUGGUCCAGGCCCAGUUGGAGUAUCACAGACAAGCUACAGAAAUACUACAGCAGCUCUCCAGUAAGCUGCACGAGAGGAUCCGGGAGGCACAGGAGAAACCCAGGAAGGAGUAUGUUCCUAAACCCCGGAUGGUCCUGGAGCUGCUCCCCCCCAGCGACAGCCACAAUGGGGGGCUCAACACCACCAAGUCCCCUGGCCCCGCGCGCACCCCCGCUCCAAUGGACCAACCUUGCUGCCGGGCGUUGUAUGACUUUGUGCCGGAAAACGAGGGUGAGCUGGGCUUCAAAGAUGGUGAAAUCAUCACCCUAACCAAUCAGAUCGAUGAUAACUGGUACGAGGGCAUGGUCAAUGGCCAAUCAGGUUUCUUCCCCAUCAACUACGUGGAUAUCCUGGUUCCACUUCCUCAUUAGGCCACCCGCCCUCACCCAAUCUUCACCCCACUCCCUGCCGGGGGCCCCAGCCUCUGCCCCGCCUCUGCCCCGCCUCUUCCCAGCCUCUGCCCGGCCUAAUCCACUCCUUCUUCUUCGUGCUUGUGUGAGUGCAACUGCUUUUUCACAAAGAACUACAACUGUGAGGAAAAAGGGACUACAAUUGUAUAGGAUUCUGCAAGAAGAAGAAGAAGAAGAAUGAGGGAUAAGUGAGGUGGUUGAACUCCUAACUGAAGACUGGUGGAAACAGAGUAGUGAGAUGGUUGAACUAACUGAAGACUGGUGGAAACAGAGUAGUGAGAUGGUUGAACCCCUAACUGAAGACUGGUGGAAACAGAGUAGUGAGAUGGUUGAACUAACUGAAGACUGGUGGUAACAGAGUAGUGAGAUGGUUGAACUCCUAACUGAAGACUGGUGGAAACAGAGUAGUGAGAUGGUUGAACCCCUAACUGAAG